GUGAGCUGUACUGACGUCACACCCAAACAAGACGCGGAUGUCAAAUGAUUAAAUUCGAGGUGCCAAACUGGAUAUUUCUUGUAACCUGUACCAAUCAAAAUGUCUGAAGACACUUGGCUACAGAAUUAUGAUGCCGCAUGCCGUCUGUCGCAAGAAAUUGCCGAAAACAUCCAUGAACGAAACAGGCAACAAAGAACCGGGGGGAACCCCGCAAAGAUCAACAUGACACUUAGGGCCUCUUUGCAGAAGCUGAAACAGAACAUUGCCCAGCUCCGAGAGAGUUUGAUGCGAGCUUCGUCUUCUCGUCGCAUAAUGCAGGCAGAGGCUGACAGGAGGCAGAACCUGGUUGAUGACCUGGCCACCAGGGAAAAGAGGCUCAACGCCACCUUCAAGGGUGACAUCAAAGAGUCUGAACCGUCCAGGUCAACAUUGAUGGCAGAUGUCUCUGGAGCAACUGGAGCUGAGAAAGCCAACCCCUGGCUGAUCAAUGAAUCGGAGGAGACCAGGGGGUUGACUUUUGGAGAAAUCAAACAGCAGCAGCAACACAUCAUUGAAGCCCAGGAUGCCGGUUUGGAUGCGCUGGCAACAGUUAUCAGCCGACAAAAAAUGAUGGGUCAGGAGAUUGGCAACGAGUUGGAUGAACAGAAUGAAAUCAUCGAUGACCUGGCUCACCUGGUGGACAAGACAGACGGCAAGAUCCGUAACGAGACCAGAAGGGUCAAGCUGGUAGAGACUAAGUCGGCCUCCUGUGGGAUGCUGGUGGUGAUUGUACUGCUGCUGAUAGCCAUUGUGGUGGUUGCUGUGUGGCCCAAGUAGCAGAGGAGGACGGUGAAGUGAGUGUCGUUUAACAUGGAGCUGUGUUGGGUGACCACCAUUUUUCCGAAGAGAACCUUCGGGGAGGACACUGGAGUGCAACCCUUAUUGUCCCGCAGCACAGAAAAAGGCAGUCAGACACUCACGUGCACACACAAAUUCUAUCUUGUCUUUCUCUCUUUAUAUUUUCUAACCAUUGAUUUCUAUUUGAAAGCGUAACUGUGACCUGGCCAACUGUGUUCACCACUGUGAGCCCAGUUGUAUUUCUUAUGAGGUGGAAGUUGGACAAAGAGCACAAGUAACCUCCUUUUGUCUUUGGGGGACGUGCUCAAUUUAAUUUAUCUCGCAAGUAAUCUGUGCAUCAUUGCAUGUAGUUUUUCUGAGUUAAAUCAAGCACAUGCCCAAUAACUUACCUAGCUAUAUUUAAAAUCAUCACGUGUAGUAGCGCUCGGGCCUUUUGUUGACCUGACAACAGUUGGACAUUCCCCAGGUUAGGAGUUUCCUUUCACAAGUCUGACUGUAGUUUAGCCUGAGGGUUUGAUUUUGUUUGGUGUACUAAUUCCACUACCUUCGCAAUACUCAAACUCACAUUUAUUUACUCUCCCAUUACUGUAGCUGCUGUAAUGUUAUCAUUUGUCUUGGGCUUUUAUAAUGUUUAUAGUACAGCCCUGGGCCAAAACAAACAGUGCAGCUGUGGUACCAAUAUGGCUGUUUUCCUUCCUUGUAAAUCAAUUCAGCCUGAUGGAUAUGUUGUAUUUUUUAAUAAAUGACAUUUCCAGUUAA